AUGGCACGAGAAAAACGUAAAUUCGUCUGUCAAGAGUGUGGAUAUACAACGCCAAAGACGCUCGGACGGUGUCCGAGUUGUAAAAGUUGGCAAAGCUUCGCUGAAGAAGUUGAAGAUCUCAUUACACCAUCAAGGCAUCGUGGUAUCGGACAGGCUUCUCGUGAACCUGAACCGAUCUCGCAGGUUACGGCAAGCGAGGUGGAACGCCACUUGACAGGAAUGUCAGAAUUUGAUAGGGUACUUGGUGGCGGCAUCGUUCCGGGGGCAGUAGUCCUUAUCGGUGGAGAUCCAGGGAUAGGUAAAUCUACCCUGUUGCUCCAGGCGAGUGAUGCGUUGAGCCGGAAUUAUGGGGACGUGCUUUAUGUCUCCGGCGAGGAAUCUGUAAGCCAGACAAAACUCAGGGCAACUCGACUCGGUGUCAAAUCUGAUACGCUUUAUGUACUGUGUGAAAACAACUUGGAACAUAUUGAAAAACAUAUUGAAGCCCGGAAACCGAAGGUUGUCGUCAUCGAUUCUAUCCAAGCCGUCUAUUUGACGAGUAUUCAAUCUGCACCCGGGAGUGUUACCCAGAUUCGUGAGUGUACUGGACAUCUCCUGAUUUGCGCAAAGAACCGCAAUAUUCCGAUAUUUCUUGUCGGACAUGUGACAAAGGAGGGGGCAAUCGCUGGACCCCGCGUCUUGGAACACAUGGUCGAUACGGUACUCUAUUUUGAAGGUGAAGGGCAUCACAUCUACCGGGUCCUCCGAGCGAUAAAAAACCGAUUCGGUUCAACAAACGAAAUCGGAAUAUUUGAAAUGCGGAGCACGGGGCUUGCGGAUGUGAUGAACCCUUCAGAGAUUUUUUUGAGCGACAGGGAAGAACAGGUUUCAGGAUCUGUCGUAGUCUCAAGUAUGGAAGGGACACGUCCGUUACUCAUGGAGGUACAGGCACUCGUUGUACCUACCAAUUACGGAAAUCCUCGUAAUACGGUGGCUGGCGUCGACCGACACCGAAUUGCACUGCUCAUCGCAGUACUCAAUAAACGGGUAGGGGUCGACGUUGGGGAUUCCGAUGUUUUCGUUAACUAUUACUGGUGGAUUACGUAUUGA